AUGUGUUCUAAGACUGCCUCCAUUUUUCUCCUCUCUCUUGGACCAGCACUUGUACUUGCUCAAGGCAAGCGUGGUCUAGCCUACAACAACGGCACACUCGCAAACCUCUUCAGUGGCCAAAGCCAAGUCACAUGGGGCUACAAUUGGGGAUUUGAUCGCAUCGGACUUGACAAUUCCCUUGACUUCUCGCCAAUGCUUUGGGGCCUCCCCUCCUCGGCGAACCCAGACUGGACAGCGGCAGUUGAUGCGGCAGGUGUCAAGGAAAUCCUUGGUUUCAACGAGCCAGACCUUGGCUCGCAGUCCAACAUCAGCCCGUCCGAUGCUGCUGCCGGUUAUCUCGAGUUUAUGCAGCCGUUUGAGGACCAAGUCCGGAUCGGGACUCCUGCGGUAACCAACGGGCCUCCCCCAAGCAUGGGCGUUGGCUGGAUGGAUCAGUUCUUUGGGAACUGUACGUCCUGCACGUUGGACUUUGUCGCGAUUCACUGGUAUUCGAACAACGACCCGGAUGGCUUCAAGUCCCAUGUGCAACAGUUCUACAAGUACAAUAAACCUAUUUGGAUUACCGAAUUUGCGGCAAGCGGCUCGGAGGAUGAUCAGAUCUCGUUCCUGCAGAACGUUCUUCCGUGGCUUGACUCGCAGGCCCAAGUUGAGCGAUACGCUUAUUUUGGAGUUUUCCCGGGAUUUUUGGCAAACGAGAAUGGGGAUGGUAUGUCGCAGCUUGGCCAGGUUUAUGCCACUUACAGUGGUUAG